AUGGCGAGCGAAAACCAACGAGAAGAAUACUUCAAUGAUGAUGACAUUCCAAAAUUUAAUUUAACGAUUAAUGAUGAACUUGAUAAAAAACCAAAACCAAAACGUAGAACUCUCAAUCGUUUUCUAACGCUACCUGGCUUUGAAAAUGGUAAAGGUCUUGAUAGUGUUUUUGAAUCUCCUUCAGAAGAAACUACUGCCUUGUUAAGUGGUGAAUCAUCUCAAAACUACAGUCAUUUUCCUACUCAGUCCGAGGACAAUCAUAGCAUCAGCGGUGCUCAUCGCACACGACCUAAUUUCAAUAAAAGACAUACAUGGGCCGCGAGUAUCAAAGCACUUGCCGACCCUGUACGACGGUAUAAAGCACGUAGUGGUGCUUAUGAUGAAGAUGGUCUGGCAAUAGUUCGUGAGGGUGGUGGUAUUCGUGUUUGGUAUGAUGAUUAUACAACUAUUGAUUGGAUUCAUGAUUAUGUCAAAGAACGCAUUCGUGUUCGUAAAAUUUAUUCAGUUAAAGGUUUUCGUGGUCAUAUUUUAAGAUUAUGUGAUAGUUCGGAGGGUUGGAUUCUAGUAUUUCUUAUCGGUAUUGUAACUGCUUGUAUUGCUGGUGCUGUCGAUGUUGCUGUAGAAUGGGGAUCUGAUCUUAAAGAUGGUUAUUGUACUACUGAUAUUUUUAAAAAUAAAGAUUUUUGCUGUAAUAGGACAAAAGGAAACAACAGCAAUUGUAAGGACUGGGUUUCAUGGUCUAAAGCUUUUCAUAUUCAAACUGGCGAUGAAAAAACUUUGUUUGAUUAUUAUGCUUUUGUUUUUGUUGCUAUAUGUUUUGCAGCUUGUGCUGCAAUACUUGUAACAUAUAAUUCCUUAAUAGCAUCUCCCUCCUCAAAAAGUUCUUCAAAGAUUAUAACCCAUAAUUCUUACAUUAAAAAAGAACUAAAAUCAUAUGCGGCUGGAAGUGGUAUUCCUGAAGUUAAAACGAUUUUAAGCGGUUUCGUAAUUCGUGGUUUUCUUGGUGUUAGGACUCUUUGGGUCAAAGCUAUAACUCUGGCAAUGGUUGUUGCUGCAGGAAUGACACUUGGCAAAGAGGGUCCUUUUGUGCAUAUUGCAUGUUGUAUUGGUAACGUCCUUACUCGUUUAUUUGGCAAAUACAACAAAAAUGAAGGUAAAAGGAGAGAAAUAUUAUCUGCUUCUGCUGCAGCAGGGGUGAGUGUGGCUUUUGCUGCGCCAAUAGGUGGCGUAUUAUUCUCUCUAGAAGAAGGAGUUUUGGGUGCUGUUCUUUGUGAAUUUAUUACUAUGUACACUAAAUAUGUUCGUAAUAGGACAUGGCUCAAAGAUUAUCCAGUUGUUGAAGUUGUAAUAGUAGUUUUUAUUACUGCUACAGUCAACUAUUUGAAUUUCUACACAAAGAUGUCCAACACUGAUCUAGUUCAUUUUCUAUUCAGUGAAUGUAGUAACGAUACAUCAAUCGACGCUGGACUUUGCGCGUAA